UCCCUGUCUGCGUCUGCUGUCAACAUAACCUCCUUCCUGUCGUGGUUUUCGUUGAGUUUGGGGAAUAGUUCCCACGGAGAUUUCCUUCAUUUGUUGUUGUUCGCCCGAUGCCAGAAAAAUAGAUCACAAUGCCGAAAGUCAAAGCAGAAAAGAAAUCUCGCGUCCACGAGACGAUAGCGAAACAAGGUAUACUAUUUAACAAAAACUUCGGCCAACACAUACUCAAAAACCCCUUAAUAUCAAAGACCAUGAUUGAGAAAGCUGCUCUGCGGCCGACAGACGUUAUCCUGGAAAUCGGUCCUGGUACUGGUAAUAUGACAGUUCUUCUUCUGGAGAAAGUCAAGAAAGUAGUAGCCUGCGAAAUAGAUCCAAGACUUGUUGCGGAGUUGCAGAAACGUGUGGUCGGAACACCAUAUCAACAGAAACUUCAAAUUAUGAUAGGAGAUGCACUUAAAACUGAUUUACCAUUCUUUGAUUGCUGUGUAGCUAAUGUGCCUUACCAAAUAUCAUCUCCUUUAGUAUUCAAGUUACUUCUUCACAGGCCUUUCUUUCGCUGUGCUAUCCUUAUGUUCCAAUUGGAAUUCGCUCAGCGUCUUGUAGCCAAGCCCGGAGAUGAACUUUACUGUCGACUGUCAAUUAACACUCAACUUUUAUCGAGAGUUGAUAUGUUAAUGAAGGUGGGAAAGAAUAAUUUUAGGCCUCCCCCCAAGGUUGAAUCAUGUGUUGUCAGAAUAGAACCAAGAAAUCCUCCUCCCCCAAUCAACUUCACUGAGUGGGAUGGCUUGACUCGGAUAUGUUUUGUUCGUAAAAACAAAACUCUCGGUGCCAUUUUCAAACAAACUGCUGUCCUCACAGCACUGGAAAAAAAUUACAGAGUCCACUGUUCUAAGAACAAUGUGACUUUGGAUCCUAAUUUGGAUAUCAAAAAGAAAGUUGAAGACAUUCUGGCAGCAAAUGGUUCAGAACUAAAGAGAGCCCGGACGAUGGACAUUGAUGACUUCAUGCAAUUACUAUGCGCUUUCAACAAAGACGGGAUCCACUUUGCAUAAUGUCAUAAUAGUAGAAGAAUAUUAAUUGCUGGUAUGUAAUACCAGUACAUGAUUUGAUUCAAAUUUUUGUGUUUUGGUGAGAAAUGCAUUCUUACACAUGAAUUAAUAUUAUUUGUAAUUCAAAUACAAAUUUAUUAAUUUUUGA